CCAAAAGUAAUGCACAGAGGAAAAAGAGCGGAGCCCUCCCGUUCGCUAGGGGUUCAAGUUUCAACGUGCUCAAAUGAAGCCGUUCGCCCCAGUCCCCGCUGUGAUGUGGGAGAAUCUUACAUCUCAUCCGUUCAUAUCAUUCAUUUUGCAUACCCCUCCAGUAGCUGUGUUUCCCGGAAGCAGCGCUUUUUGUCGACAUGGCGUCCACAGCCCCGAAGGACGAGACGUACGAAGCGUUCCGAUCAAGAUUCGAUGGAGCCAUCAUCACCACCUACGUGGUUGCGAUGUUGGUUGUUCCGCUGAAGAUCUGGUGUCGAAAGAGAGCCGGCGGGUGGUCCAUCAUGGGCGCUGAUGAGAUCUUCACCCUGUGUGGUGCGGCUUUUGUAACUGGUACCUUUGCUGUCAUCUACUCAGCUGUGCGACCACUGCUUGGGAAGAAGAUUGCCGACGUUAUGCAGUCGCCAGAAGACAUGGCAAAGCUACCAGCGUUUGCGCUCUACCUUUGGGUUGCGAACUUGCUAUACACUAUAAGCGUCAUGUUCAUGAAGCUUUCCAUAGUAGCCCUUUAUUGGCGACUCUUUGGCCUGACGAGGAAGGGUCGCAUUCCACUCCUGCUCGUCGGCGGAGUCAUCGUCGCCUGGGGUAUCACAGUCUUCUUGAUAGUCAUCUUCAACUGCGAUCCAAUUGCGGGAAGUUGGGACCUGACCCUCGCCACCACUGCCAAAUGUGUGGACAAGAAGUCAUUCUAUGUCGGUGGAAGCGUCCCGAACGUUAUUACCGAUCUCGUCCUCGUCAUAAUGCCACUCCCAUACGUCUGGAGGCUGCACGCUUCCGUUGCACAGCGAAUAGUGUUGGGAGGCAUCUUUGCGCUCGGAAUGUUUGUCUCAAUUGUCUCCAUGAUACGACUGUCCGUACUCUUGGACACUGCGGGCGGCGUGUUCGAUGUUACCUACACCUUCAAAGAUGUCUACAUGUGGAGCUUGGUCGAGAUCAACGUUGGUCUGACAUGCGCAUGCUUGCCCAGUUUGCGGCCCCUUGUCAAAGUCAUCGGACUAAGGCGGUUGUUCUCUAGUGGACGCUCCCGACCGUCGGGUGCGGCAACACCUGAGCCUUCACAGGGAUUGAGUGGGAAUGUGAGCGGCCUGAACUCGCGGAGGAAGCCCAAGGGCAUGUUCUCGCAGCUGGAAGACGAUGACGAGUUUGAGAUGAUCCCGGAAGACAAGAUGAAGGGAGGCGCAUGGAGUGGAGGGUCCACAUCGCGCGUGAGCCAUGAUACCGACAGAACGUCGAAUGGCUCUACCGAUUCGCGAAAGCAAGCAGCUAUCGGUGCAAUCGUGGUCCAGCGGGACUUUGAGGUGUCCUCAAGUCGACCAUGAUACGAAAACAGUGAGACUUGAUACACAAAAAGAGAAAUAAAAGGGAAAGGAUUGGCGGAAUUCUGUUCGAUUCAACAUGUAUACUCACAUCUUCGCUUCAAAUUCGCAC